AUGUCCUUCCAAGUCCCCCAGCAUGUCCCUUCGUUCACCAAUUCUCAGCGCUCGUAUGAAGAUACUUAUUGGCGGCAUAAGCACAAUACUAAUGAACAUGCAAAAGGAGGACCUGCCGGUGCAAUCACAUCCAAGAUCAACGACAUCUUUGCCGAAAGCAAAGAUCUGCCCAUGUACAAGGAUAAGCCACACUUUCCCUCGAGUCGGCGGAAAGGAAGAGCGAUCUUGAGGCGAAAGAGAGUGUUGACCUUGAUUGGUUCCACAACGCUACUGUUUCUCUGGUGGAUGGGAUGGUUACCUUGGAGCUCACCCCAGUUCUACGAUCCUGCUGCCCAUCAACAUUCUUUCUUCCACGCAGAAGACUGGUCAGAGCAAAGAGAGGCCGUGAAAGAGGUGUUCAAGACUUCAUGGGAAGGCUACGAGAAAUAUGCGUGGGGAAUGGAUGAAUACCACCCUCUUUCGAGGAAGGGAAAGAAUAUGGUUGAAGGUGGCAUGGGUUGGAUCAUUGUGGACGCAUUGGAUACUGCCAUGAUGAUGAAUUUGACUUCGCAUGUCGCCAAAGCAAGAGAAUGGAUAUCCACAUCGCUCUCCUAUACCGCCCAUCACGAAGUCAAUACCUUCGAGACUACUAUCCGCAUGCUAGGUGGGUUGUUAUCUGCGUACUACCUGUCAACAUCAUUCCCACAUCUCGCACCGCAGAGAGACGAUGACGUAAACCAACCUGGAGAAGACCUAUACAUCGAGAAAGCGACAGAUCUUGCAGACCGUCUCCUCGGGGCCUACGACUCCCCUUCUGGAAUUCCGUAUGCGUCGGUGAACUUGAACACUACCCAGGGAGUUGGUUCGCAUGUCGACGGAGGAGCAUCCUCUACUGCCGAAGCGGCAACUCUCCAACUCGAGAUGAAAUAUCUCGCCAAAAUCACAGGUGAACCAAUAUACUGGCAGCGGGCAGAGCAUGUCCUCGAAGUUAUUGAAUCACAAAAGCGCGAAGACGGCCUAGUCCCAAUCUACAUAUAUCCCGCCACUGGCGACUUUCGAGGUGAAAAUAUACGGCUGGGAUCUCGAGGCGACAGCUAUUACGAAUAUUUGAUCAAACAGUACUUGCAAACAGGAAGCGUUGAGACAGUUUACUUGGAUAUGUGGGAAGAGGCACUUGAGGGGAUUAAGAAACACUUGAUCACCUAUUCCGAGCACGCAUCAUUAACCAUCCUUGCUGAAAGGCAAAAUGGACUCCACGCUCCUCUGACAGCCAAGAUGGAUCAUCUUGCGUGUUUCAUGCCAGGGACAAUAGCCUUGGCAGUGACCGAGGGCCAGACAGCCGAGCAAGCGAGAACCAGACUAGCGAAUAAAUGGACAAAGAAACAUGACGAAAACCUCAGACUGGCCGAGGAAUUGAUGAAGACGUGCUGGGGCAUGUACAAGGUCACUCCGACGGGCCUCGCCCCUGAGAUUUGCUAUUUCCAUACCGACAACCCGGCUCCGCAAUGGCAGGGACAUCUUGACUUAGCAUGGACACCACCACAUACGACCGAGCUCUCUGAUGAUCAUGAUGCUGACUGGCGCUCUGAUUACGACAUUCAUUCGAACGAUGUGCACAAUCUCCAGCGACCCGAAACCAUCGAAUCCCUCUUCUACAUGUACCGCAUCACCAAGGACAAGAAAUACCGGCAAUGGGGCUGGGAAAUGUUUGAAGCCUUCCGCGAGCACACCAAGGUCGUCGAUGAACUGACAGGCAAGGUGUACGCAUACACUUCCCUGGACACGGUAAUGGAGAACCCUGUUCGAGAAAGGAAGCGGCGCGAUAACAUGGAGAGUUUCUGGUUGGCCGAGACGCUCAAGUACUUCUAUCUGUUAUUUUCGGAUGACGACUUCUUUCCUCUCGAUACUGUUGUGUUUAAUACGGAGGCUCAUCCGCUGCCGAAGUUCGACAUCUCAGGAAGCAAGGUCUUUGCGACAGGAUGGCGCAGGACCAAAGACAGGCCUUCUGAGCAGAAAUAUGAGGGCAGGAUGGUGGAAGAGGACUUCGCGCAGCUCAAAAACGUCCGUGUUGGGAGUGGAGUACGCGUCGACGAGAAUGGGAAAAGUAUCCCGUCCAAUGCGGAGGUUGAAGAGAAGCAGUUCUCUGCUGGUGUUGGUGAAAAUGAGCGCGAAACUGCUCAAGGUCUAUCAGCCCCAACGCAUUCAGAUGGCGGAAAGUUGAAAAAUGCGUCUCCUGAACACGCUGAGGGCACUGGCAAAGAGGGAGGUGAUUGA